AUGUACACAAUCCUGAUGGACGUUGGGUCCAAGUAUGAGAUUGACCGGCCAUUUCCCAUGAAGUCGCCACCACAAAGUAGGGACCCCAAGCUGUAUUGUCACUUUCAUAGUGACAUUGGACAUGACACCAAAGAAUGUAAGAGCCUAAAAAGGGCACUGGACGGCCUAGCUGCUAAGGGAUUCUUAAAGAAUUAUAUCAGCAGGAACACAGGAGGAGGAUUGGCCGCCGGAGGUCCAACCAUGAGAGGUCAGAAAGAUUAUGCCAAGCGGCUGGGGCAAGUGAUGUUGUCGGGCAAAGCCACAGCCGACCCGUUUCUAAAAGUAGAAAUCGGCGAGGCCGACCGUGGAAAAAUAGCCACCCCGCAUGACGACCUGUUGGUAAUUGAGUUGAAGGUCGGCAAUCUGAGGGUUAGGCGUAUCUUGGUUGAUACAGGAAGUUCGUCAGAUAUAAUCAGUCUUGAGUGUUUGAACCGGCUGCAACAUAAUUCCUCAAAGAUAGAGAAAAUUCACUAUCCCAUUAUAGGCUUCGGAGGUAGUGUCAUCCAUCCAGCCGGCAUCAUUUCUCUCCCUCUGCGGAUGGGAAAUAAGAAAGAAUCUCGUCAAAUGGACGUCCAUUUCCUCAUAGUGAAAGAUCUGACGGCCUAUAAUAUUAUUCUGGGGCGUCCUACUUUGAACAGGGCAAAGGCUGCUAUUGUUACUCACUUGAUGCUUCUUAAGUUUGUCUGUGAUGAUGGGAGCGUCAGCACCAUGCAUGGUGAUCAACAGCAGGCUAGAGACUGUUAUUUAACCACCCUGAGCCCAGAAGCAUGGGGAUCAGGUGAAGAGAAAGACACGUUGGGAAACAAACGACAGUGUGGCGGCACACAAUCCAAAUCCCUGAAAGAGACACUAACUAUCUCAGCGGCGCACAUGGAAGAAAGACGACCAGAGCCUGUUGGGGCUCAUUUCAAUGUGGUAUUAAAUACAGAUAAGCCAGAGAGAGUAGUGCCCAUUGGAAUUCCUCCUGACGACCCGCUGGCGGUAGAGUUGGUUCACCUAUUGAGAGAAUUUGAAGAUAUCUUUGCCUUUACUGUUGAAGAAAUGCCGGGCAUUGACCCUGCCGUGGCCGUCCAUAAGCUAAAUGUGGACCCAAAUUUUAAACCGUAUCCCGACUGGGUUGCUAAUGUGGUCCUCGUCAAGAAACCAAACGGCGCCUGGAGGAUGUGUGUUGAUUACAACAACCUCAAUAAGGCAUGUCCCAAAGAAACCUUCCCACUGCCAAAGGUCGACCGGCUUGUCGACUCCAUGGCGGGACAUGCCAUGAUGAGCUUCAUGGACGCAUACUCAGGGUUUCAUCAGAUCCCCUUGUGGCCUGAUGCCAGGAAAAGACGUCAUUUGUUACAGAACAAGCGUCUUAUUAACACUGUGUUCACCAAACGGCUCGGCAGAAACAUUGAAUCUUACAUUGAUGAUAUGAUUGUGAAAAGGAAGCAGCGGGCGGCACAUAUAGCUGAUCUGAGGGAGACAUUUGAGACUGUUCGAGCUUACACUAUGAGAUUGAAUCCUAAGAAGUGUGUGUUUGGAGUAACGUCGGGUAAAUUCUUAGGUUUCUUGAUUGAUGAAAGAGGAAUUGAAGCCAACCCGGACAAGAUCCAGGCAGUAAUUGAUAUGAGCUCACCAAAGACAGUAAAAGAAGUGCAGUGGCUCACAGGUCACUACUUUUUUAGAGCAAUCAGAAAGAAGGCCGGAGACAAAUGGCACUACUUUUUUAGAGCAAUCAGAAAGAAGGCUAAGUUUGAAUGGUCGGAUAAAGCCGAGGCGGCACUGGUAAGAUUAAAAGAUCAUUUGCACACCUUACCUCGUCUUCUUAGCCCUUUGCAGGGAGAGACUUUAUACAUGUAUCUUGCUGUAUCUGAACACUCGCUGAGUGCCGUUCUACUGACAGAGAGGGAAGGAAUACAGAUGCCAGUGUACUUCGUCAGUCAUGUUCUUCACAAUGCUGAAAUUAGAUACCCUACAGUGGAAAAAUUUGGUUUAGCCUUGUUCAUGGCCAGCAAAAAGCUUCGUCCUUACUUCUUAGCCCACAGGAUUAUGGUCUACACGGAUCAACCGCUUAAACUGCCUUUCACGAAGCUGGAGGCGUUAGGCCGACUGAAUUGGGCUAUCGAGCUGAAUGCCUUUGAUAUCACUUAUGAACCCAGGAAAGCCGUCAAGGGGCAAGCUUGUGAAGACUUUAUUGUUGAAAAGACGAGGCCUGUCUUUUCCAAGAAUACGAAGACGGUGUGGACACUGUACGUAGACGAGGCCGGCGCCGAGGAGAUCUUAGCACUAUCUGACUCUCAAUUGAUUGUGAGCCAAGUUAAUGGAACCUACGAGGCUAGGGAUCCGACGAUGAUUAAGUAUAUGCAGGCCAUCCACCAAGAGGUGGAGCAACUGAAAAGCUUUGAAGUAAGGCAAGUCCCUCGCUCAGAAAACAACCAAGCCGAUGCCUUGUCAACAUUGGCCAGCUCUGCAUCUUGUGAUACCCCUCGUCACGUGUUCUGGGAGGUAAUGGAACAUAAAAGCGUUGAGCAGAUGGAGGUAGAAACUCUGGACAGGACCUCCACGUGGAUGGAUGACAUAAUUAACUUCAAACUGAAUGGAGUCUUGCCAGAAGACUCAAGGCAAGCGAAAAAACUUCAGAAAAAAUGCUCCUGGGGUGAAAUGUGGAAUGGCACUCUUUACAAAAAGGCCUACUCCCGUCCUUUGUUGAGAUGUGUGACGCCUGAAAAGGGGCAAGAAAUUCUAGAAGACCUUCACCACGGACUGUGUAGCUCGCAUAUUGGGGGAAGGGCCUUGGCAGAAAAGGCACUUUGA